UACUCCCCAUUUCGAAAAAAAUAAGCAGAACCAGGAAGCCGGCGAGUUCGACGACAACCGCGUCUCAUCUGGCCCUAUGACCAAGUCCGCCGCACAAGACGGAGAGGCGCCAACACGGCGGCCCCAAGUCCAACCAGAAACACGCCGCCGUUCGAAGCGGAAGCCGGCGAGUUCCAGGAAGACCACCCAGUCACCCAAACCCCUCCCCCAGUCGGCUCCACCGGAGCGAUCCACCACCAAGAGGAGGAAAAGGGCCCGGGCCGCCGUGACGAACAGCAAGGGCGAUGAUAGGAACGCGGCGGCGCAGGAGGAGGAGGAGGAGGAAUUGGCUUCCGAUGCCUCCUCCGUCGCCGCGGGCGGGGCCUCGCCCACAUACAGCUCCCCCCUCUGCGUGCCGAGACUCCACUACCAAAUCACCGGGUACACUUCCGACGGGGAGGAGAUCUACAAACCGAUCGACGACGACAUGAGCGUGCUCCGCGAAUAUGAUGACAAAGAUGCCAAAUAUCAGGCCAAGCUAGCUCGCCGAAUGAAACUGCCAACACUUGAUAUGAACAUACCUUCUUCCUUCCUGGAUGAACCGGAGAUGGUUGCCACCCGUGUGGCUGCAGCAAAGACAAUCCUUCGUGCAGCAAAAUCGGUUCUGGCACUUUCCUCCUCUAUAGACGGUAGGAUGUUACCACGGUGCUCUGGUUUUCUUAUUGAGUAUGAUGAAAAGAGUAAAAGUGGCAUUGUUGUGACAACUGCUGAUUUAAUCUGCUCAAGGAAAUCCAUAGACGAUUGGUCAGGCAGAGAUGUACAUUGUCCUAAUGCUAAGGUUUAUGUUCACUUACUGGACAGUACUUCUGUUGAAGGAUGCUUGAUAUGCUAUCAAAAGGACUACAAUCUUGCUUUCUUCAAGAUUUCAGUGGGUCAGCCUAUGCAGUUACUAGCUAUUAAUCGCAGAGUGGAAUAUGCUCAGGAGGUUUUCUUGCUCGGAAGAGAUGAAAGUUUGUAUCUGACCAUAGGUCAUGGCAGGGUGUUGCAUUGUGAUCGAAACUUGAAUAACCGCCAUCACUAUAUGAAUGUGGAUAGUACAUCCUCUGAGUGUGUGACCGGAGGGCCAGCUAUUGAUUUAAAUGGAGAGGUUGUGGGAAUGGCCAGUAUGUAUGCUAGAGAGGCUAUUAUACCUUCUUUCAUUAUACUCAAGUGCUGGCAUUUUUGGAGGAGACAUCAGUGCAUCCCUCGGCCUCAUCUUGGAUUGAAAUUUUCAGCCAUGAAGUUUCGAAGUGUUCCUCAGAUAGAUAAGAUAUCACGCGAGUAUAAGAUUGAGGAUGGACUUAUUGUUCAGGAGGUAUCAGAAGGAUCACUUGCUGAAGAACUUGGAGUCAGAGUUGGUGAUAUUGUUACAUCUUUCAAUGGAAAGUGCAUUUCUGAUACAGUCGAGUUGGAACAUGUGUUACUGCGCAUGUCCGAGGACCAUUUCUACAAAGGAAAACGCCUCAAUUCCAAAAUGGAUGUUAAGAUUGGUGUAUUUCAUAUGCGCAAUCGUGCUAAAAGAAAAAUAACGUUAUCAGUAAAUGUAUCUGACAGUGGAGAAGUAGUUUUGAGAGGUUCUUAUCUCAUCAAUCCCCCUUCUGGAGAAGAGAUUCCGGUUCCACCCUGCCCAGUUCAACGAGGCUGGCUGUGCGAUUGAAGCAGCUGGAUUGAAGGAAGCAAAGCAUGUUAGGCUAGCUUGCUUCUUGAUUGGAAUGGCUGGCUGCCAAAGGCAUGGCUGAAAAAUGAUUUAUCUGGGAUACAAUUUUCUGAUUUUAUAUGAGGUAGCUUUUUAUAAAGUAUCGGAUGUUCCUUAUGAUGAUUUUAUCCCUACAUAUUAUGGCAUGACCGUGUGCGGCUCGUUCUCUACAUGUUUUUUUUUGUCAGUGGUUUACCAUUUUAUGACGACCUAAUUUCAAAACAUGGGCACCAAAUGAGUAGGCUUGAAUUCAUAAAUCUACAUUUAUGGAAAAUAUCUAUCACUUGCUA